GGGCCGGGCCCGGCGUCGCCAUGGGCUCCUGAGGCCUCCGCGCCCCCGCGCCGGUGCCGGCGCCGCCCGCGGGGCAGCGGGCAGGGCCCGACCCGACCCCUCCUCGCCCCACCGGGCUGGGCCGCGCCCACCCGCCCGCUGCACGGUCUUGGCCCGUGGGCAGCUCUUUAGCAAUCCCAACUGGAACCUCACACCAAAAGACACCAUGAUUAUGAUGACUGAUGUCACUGCAGCCCCCAGACUGGGGUCAACUGCCACCACUCCAGCUGUGGCUCCUAACUUCUCCGGGAUGCCAGAGGAUGGCAGCCCCACGGCUGUGGAGCAGCCAAUAUUCCUCAUGACCACUGCUGCUCAGGCUAUCUCAGGUUUCUUUGUAUGGACAGCUUUGCUCAUCACCUGCCAUCAGAUCUACAUGCACCUGCGCUGCUACAGCUGCCCAAACGAGCAGCGCUACAUCGUUCGCAUCCUCUUCAUCGUGCCCAUCUAUGCCUUUGACUCCUGGCUCAGCCUCCUGUUCUUCACCAAUGACCAGUACUAUGUUUACUUUGGCACAGUGCGGGACUGCUAUGAAGCCUUUGUAAUAUACAACUUUCUCAGCCUCUGCUAUGAGUAUUUGGGAGGGGAGAGCUCCAUCAUGUCUGAGAUCAGAGGGAAACCAAUUGAGUCCAGCUGUGUGUAUGGGACUUGCUGCCUGUGGGGAAAGACAUAUUCAAUUGGAUUCCUGAGAUUCUGCAAACAGGCUACCCUGCAGUUCUGUGUGGUGAAGCCCCUCAUGGCCAUCAGCACAGUCAUCCUUCAGGCCUUCGGCAAGUACAAGGAUGGUGACUUUGAUGUAACCAGUGGCUACCUCUAUGUGACGAUCAUCUACAACAUCUCUGUCAGCCUGGCACUGUAUGCCCUCUUCCUUUUCUACUUCGCCACACGUGAGCUGCUCAGUCCCUACAGCCCAGUCCUCAAGUUCUUCAUGGUGAAAUCUGUCAUCUUCCUGUCCUUUUGGCAAGGGAUGCUCUUGGCCAUCUUGGAAAAGUGUGGUGCCAUCCCCAAAAUCCACUCUGCUGAUGUGUCUGUGGGGGAAGGCACAGUAGCUGCUGGCUAUCAAGACUUCAUCAUUUGUGUGGAGAUGUUCUUUGCAGCCAUUGCCCUGCGCCACGCCUUCACAUACAAGGUGUAUGUGGACAAGAGGAUUGAUGCCCAAGGUCGCUGUGCUCCCAUGAAGAGCAUCUCCAGCAGCCUGAAGGAGACCAUGAAUCCCCAUGACAUUGUCCAAGACGCGAUCCACAACUUCUCUCCAGCCUACCAGCAGUACACGCAGCAGUCGACGCUGGAGCACGGUCCCCCCUGGCGCAAUGGCAGCCACAUCAUCUCGCGCUCCCACAGCUGCUCCGGCGCCCGUGACAACGAGAAGACCCUCUUGCUGAGCUCUGAUGAUGAAUUCUAGGGGGGAAACUGCCAGCACAGGCUGCCACUUUCCUUUUUUUUGGUUUUUUUUAAUAAUUUAUUAAUGGAGAAACACACAAGUCAUAUCACUUCCUAGAGAGUAAAGAUUGCAGGAGUGGGCACUUCCCAUUAGCUUUUGUGGGUACGGACAUAAUGAGCAAUGUGGAGGUUCCAGAAUGGCCAGGACUCCAUUCUUGAGCCCAUUCCUAUGGCAGCAAUCAAAUUGAAUUGAUUCUAGCAAAGCUCCAGGGUUUGGGGCUCUGGCUUCCCACACCUGCCCAGUUUGGUGUAGAGUGUGACUGACCAGAGCCUGGAGGUGUAGCCAAAAAUGUUUUUGGUUUUUUUCUAACAGGACAACCUGACUGCUUUCUAUUUCUUUUCCUGAAUGGUUGAUGUAGGCACAGUUUUCUCCCCAGCUCGCUGGUACUAACAUCUCUGUGAUCCUUGGGAAAUAGGAUGGGGAUGCAGCCAUAAGUGUUCCUGAGGACCACGCCCGAGACUGGUCUUUCUAAAUAGCCAUUGCCCUGAGUGCUAAGUAAGGAACAUCUGUCCCCACCCUUCUGAGCACCUGGUUAUGAGUCCUGGAGUCACUUGAGGGAGUGAAGGGGAAAAGGACAGGGCUUUCUGUGUGUUCCUUGGCUCCCUGCAUCCCAAGUUGCUAUAAAAGCUUGUUAAAGCUCAGAGGGGAUAGAAUUAUAUUUUCACAAGGGUGGAGUUUUUUAAUCACCAGGUGUUCAAGCUUCCCAUCUCCCUGGCGUUCCUGUGGCAGGAAGCCUCCCUGGAGCAUCUUUCUCCUGCUAACAAGACUGAGGACUGGCUAUGACAGAUGGUGGAAGUUUGUAGAGCUCUGGCCCCUUCACUCCUCUUUGGGAAGGGAAGAUAUGUAAACACAAAACCAGUUUUUCUUCUUGUUUCCUGUCCCCCAGCAUCACAUCUGCCCCUGUUAGAGGUAGGUGCCAGAGCAGGUCCUGGUCUCUCACAGGUAGCUCUCCCCGUGCUCAUCAUCACUGACUUCCCCUGAGCCACACAGGUUUCACCCUUAGGCUGGAAUAUUCAGGAAGGAAUGUUGCACACUCCUUUGUUUUUUUCUCUCUGUAGCUGUUCUGGGGCAGACUGGAGCAGACUUGAAACCUGACAUGACCUGGCUGGUCAAAUUUGUCUCUUUUAUUUUCUCAGGCAGCAAUUGCUGCUGCUGCUGCUGCUGCACAUUUCACAGGCUCUGCUGCACCUGCAGUGCUAUCAAGGGUGGAGCCAGCAUCCAUGGAAGUGGAGAAGCUUCCCCUUGCUUCUGCUGGGUUUUGGAUGAACCCAUGAGUACUUAGUGGAGCCAAAACAAAAGUGAUCCCUCUGUAGAUCUGUCCAGGGACCAGGAAAUGCCUCUUGCUUGCUUAAAAUUAUCUAGGAGAAAAGUAGGCAGCACACUCAAGUGCUACAGCUCAGAUGCUCCUACGUGCAAGCAGGAAGCAGAAUUGAGAGAUUGGAGCAAGCUGCUGUGUUCAGCUGUAGUUUCUCUGUUCCUCUCCUGCUUUAUGCCUCCCCUGCUGAGAGCAGACCUGUGUGAUUCUGGAUUGCUCCUUGCUAGGAGAACUGGAGUCUGGUUUGCUGCCUGGAGUUUACCUUUCCAUUUGUUUCCUAAUCCAUCUGCUUGUUCAUUGAGUGGUUCAGAAGCAACAGUGAGUGAAGAGCAUCUCAUUUAUUCAGAACCUCUGCCCAAGCCGGGUAAAAGGGCUUGAAGAGAGGCAGGUUUGCUCCCUGCUGUGAGGAUGAGAUAGGGAAAAACUUAAGGAUAGUGCCUCCUCCUGUACUGAUGUUUCUGAGGGAUGGUGAAGCAGGUGAGAUCAACAAAACUGUUGAGGGAGCUGGAGGCAGGGUCAGUGGAUCCAGCAGCUUCUCUGCCACUGGAUUUCCUCAUUCACACACAUCCUGCAAUGCCAUGCUGUUGGUUACUAAUUUUCCUAAAUUUGUGACUGCUUAAUUAGACAUGCAAUCACACUCUGCCAGGCUUUGUGUGGGCUUGGUGUAAAAUUUCAUCAUGCAUAAGGCGCCUGGAAAGCAGGGAUGAAGGUUGAGCAGAUUUUGUUUCUGUUUUCUAUGGCUUUGAUUAAUAUUCCUUUAAUGUGAGAUACUCAUGUUACUCUCUCUUAGGAAAGUAGGGCAUGGGACAUGUUCCCAUCCUCCCCUUUCUUUGCAUUUGCAAGCCUUGAUGAUGUCCUAGUAUCACUUGGUGACUGCCCCCAGUCUUUGUUGCAUUUGGCUGGCUGAAAUCUGCGUGAUUGUGAUUGCCCCAUUGAGCAUGAAGGUGGUCCAGGCUUAGAGAAGCACGUCUUAGAACUUCAUUUGAAAUGUCUCCUGCAUACAUAUAUAUAUAUAUAUAUGUGUAUAUAUAUAUGGACUGUGCAGAGGAUCUGGAUAUUCUCAAAGCAUCCUGUGUGUAAUGGUUUCAAGUAUAACUUUUGCACCAGCUGCCUUUGGAGGAGCCUGGUGAGCUAGUACCCAAUGAGCCAGCUGCCCUACUUUAUAAUUUUAUAUAUAUAUAUAUAUAUAUAUAUAUAUAUAUAUAUAUAUAUAUAUAUAUAUAUAUAUAUAUAUAUAUAUAUAUAUAUAUAUAUAUAAAAUGUUUUUUAACACCAGACAAAAUCAUCCAGCACUGAGCUUCCUGCUCUUCCUCAUGACUAGCAAGUGCCAGAGCAAGCACUGGCUCUGAAGCCACUUUGUAUUGGAGGAACAAAUAUGAGAUCCAGAGCUUGAGACCAAGAAGGCCAAGGCCUCCAUGGUCUCAUUGGUCUGCUCAUGGUAGCCCAGGACCCAGGAAAUGUGCCAGUUCCAGGAGUAGACCCUUGGAGCUGCUCUCCCUCACCUGCUUCUGCUCUCCUUCCUUCCUUCCUUUUUUUGUUUACUAUGUAACAUACCCAUGGGAUUUGUUUAUUAUUUUUCCAUAUAGAGUAGUUCUUUGUAUAUAAAUGACUGAAAAAAGUAUGAUAAAUAAGACAGAGUCACCUAGUUUUGUACCUAUUGUGUUUAACUGAUGUGAGCUCAGCGACAAGCUGCUCUCUAUUUUGGUCUUUGUGACGUUAUACUCCGCAGAAAUGAGCAAAUAUGACGACAAAUAAAAAAUAUAGAGAUAAUAUAGAUUGUACUUAA